AGUUUUGAUUUUAUAUUUGGCAAAGGGCUAACUUAUUUAAUGCAGUUUCCUCAUGCGUUCAAGGACUACGAUGCCGGCAACUCCAGCCGACGAGGUGGUUCACAAAGACUGCUGAGCUUGCAUCCUAUGUGACCCAAUACAAUUGAUCCGUAUCUAGCACAAGGAUUGGUGUCAUUUGCGCCUGGAUCAAAUUUGUCCUUCGCCGCCACAAGCGACCAAAUAAUAUGUGGCUCUACGGCUUCUUCCGUUGACAGGUAAAGCAGCACCAAUUUGUCUGAAAAGGUCGUCAGAAGAUGUCUUCAGGUCCGGGACUUACGGAGCGGAUCAGUGACACGGUGUAUUCGUACCUGAAGGAAGCAAUAUUCGAUAGGGUAUCCGACCUGGACUACUUUAACUGGCUUGUUUGGUUGUUUACGCCUGUAGUGGUGGCUUUUAUUUUGCCCCUCCUUAUCAUCUUCCUGUUGUACAUUUCCAUUUUGUUCCUGCACCUGUACCGGCACCGGCUGCGUCUGAGAGAUGCCUACGCUAGGGACUUUUGGGACGGUGCCCGGUACACGCUGGCUCUCCUAUGGAGUGGUCAUGCCUGGAUAUGGCACGGUUACGAGGUGCAAGGUAUGGAGAACAUUCCAAGUGACGGUGGCGCCCUCUUGGUUUACUACCACGGUGCAAUUCCCAUAGACUACUAUUACCUGGUGGCUGCGGUUAUCCUACACAAGCAAAGGUUGAUAAGGGCCGUGGGCGACAGGUUCCUCUUCAUGGUGCCAGGCUUCAAAAUUCUCACGGACGUCUUCAAGGUGUCACCAGGAUCAAUUCAGAGUUGCUCUCAGGUGCUAAAAGAUGGCAACCUGCUGGCCAUCGCUCCCGGUGGAGUGCUCGAGGCGCAGUUUGGAGAUGAAAAUUAUCAACUUAUGUGGAAGAAACGCAUGGGUUUCGCCAAAGCAGCGAUCGACGCGCAGGCCCCCAUCAUCCCGGUGUUCACCCAAAACGUCCGUGAAGCCUUUCGUUCUCUUUCCUACGGGAGAGGAUUUUUAAAGAAGAUCUACGACAAGACCAGGCUCCCCAUUGUACCGAUCUAUGGGGGAUUUCCUGUUAAAUUAAGGACCGUGAUAGGCAAACCAAUUCCAUUUGAUCCUGCCAUGACUCCAGCUGAACUUGCUCAAAAGGCUGCUGAAGCGGUUGAAGCGCUGAUCCAGCGGCACCAGCGAAUACCGGGCAGCAUCCUGAGAGCGCUGCUCGACAGGUUCUACGAGAGGCCCAAGGUUCCGUAGCGACGCUUCCCCCGUGACGGUUUACAGCCUUUUUGCAUACCACAGAGGGUUUUUAGGAUGUACAUACUAUUCAUAAUUAUUUUGGGACAGCGCCACCUGGGUGAUGGAAUAACUCCCGUUGUUGUCAUGUGAUCAUUAUUUAUAUAUACACAUACAUUUUUAUAAAUGGGGAGCUUGCUGCACUUUUGGAAGGUGCAGGUCUAGGUUCUUUUUUGUUUCAGCUUUUGUUUGCUGUACCAUGUUGGACAUAUUUUGGUUUUAGACACUUUAUACCAUGUUUUCCGAGUAUGCUUUUGCAAUAAAAAAAGCAGAAAGUUGCGUGCA